UACAACAACUCGAUAUUCUGGCAGCACUCUUUUCACCCAAAUGUCAAGUAAAAAUCUUUAAUGCGGUCGUCGAAAAUUGUAAAGAAAAUUUGCUAAAGAAAAAUAAUGGAUAAUAUUCCACGAACUCACGAAGAUAUCGAAGCUCAAAUCAAAGAUUUGCAAACCAAAAAGAAAGACAUCUCUCAACUAACAAAUGCCGAGGGAGUCGCUUUGCUAGACAGCGGUGGUUUCUUUGACACUGAACUUUAUGAUGAUACGCAAAAAGCUGGCAAAGGGCGUUAUGAGGGCUACAAUACAUCCAUUGCUGCCAAUGACGAAGCCGAAGAGGAUGAAGACGAUGGAUUCCCGGUUCCGCAAAAGCGAACAACUUAUACAGCGCCCAAAGCUGUUCUCAAGGAAGUUACGCAGGGCAAAGAAGAUUUUGAUCCAAUGGCCGAUCGUCGUCGUCCAACUAUCGCCGAUCGAGAAGAUGAAUAUCGUCAGAAGAGACGUCGCAUAUUGAUAUCACCGGAGCGAGCAGAUCCCUUUGCUGAUGGUGGCAAAACUCCAGAUGUUGGCUCAAGGACAUAUACGGAUAUUAUGCGAGAGCAGUUACUCAAAGGCGAAGAAAAUGAACUACGUAAAAAAAUUGUUGAGAAAUCGAAAGAUGGAACUUUGAUGAAGGCAGUCAACGGUGAUGGAUCAAAACAGCCAGAGCAAAGAAAACGUGGUCGUUGGGAUCAAACUGUGAGCGAAAGUUUUGUACCAGCUAAAGUAGCUGCAACCCCUAGUAGUGCUGCUACACCAAAUUGGGAAGAUAAAACUCCAGCAGAUCAUCGAUGGGAUGAAACUCCUGGCCACAAAGGCAGUGAAACUCCGGGUGCAACUCCAGGCUUAAGCACUCGUAUGUGGGAUGCUACACCAGCUCAUCCAAUGACACCAGGUCACGAUACACCCGGUAAUGAAAAAUCAGCAAGACGUAAUCGAUGGGAUGAAACUCCAAAAACGGAACGUGAAACCCCAGGCCACAGUGGAUGGGCAGAAACCCCAAAACCCGAUCGUGGCCCAGUUGACAAUGUCAUAAUUGAAUCGACUCCAGGAGCAUCGAAACGUCGAAGUCGUUGGGAUGAAACACCUUCGAAUGCAACUCCUUCAAUGACACCAUCAGCAAUGACUCCGACCAUGACACCAACAAUGACACCGCAUGCUACUCCUGGACAUGCUACCCCAAUGCUCACACCUGGUGGAUCGACUCCCAUUGGAGUUAAAGCCAUGGCAAUGCAAACUCCUACACCAGGAGCACUUGCCGCAAUGACGCCCGAACAACUUCAAGCAUACCGUUGGGAGAAGGAAAUAGACGAGCGAAAUCGACCAUUUACCGACGACGAACUUGAGUCAAUGUUCCCACCGGGCUAUAAGAUUUUACCUCCUCCAGCCGGUUACAUUCCAUUGCGAACACCCGGCCGCAAGCUUAUGGCAACACCGACACCAAUUGCCGGAACUCCAGCCGGUUUCUUCAUUCAAGUCGAAGACAAAAAUGCCAAAUUCAUGGACAAUCAACCAAAAGGACAGAAUUUACCCUUUAUGAAACCCGAAGACGCACAGUACUUUGAUAAACUGCUAGUAGAUGUUGACGAAGAUGCUCUCAGUCCUGAGGAAUUGAAAGAACGAAAAAUUAUGAAACUUUUGUUGACAAUUAAAAAUGGAACACCGCCAAUGCGUAAAUCGGCUUUGCGUCAAAUCACAGACAAAGCUAGAGAAUUUGGAGCAGGACCGCUAUUCAAUCAAAUUUUGCCAUUGCUUAUGAGUCCCACAUUGGAAGAUCAAGAGCGUCAUCUUUUGGUUAAAGUUAUCGACAGAGUUCUCUACAAAUUGGAUGAUUUAGUUCGUCCAUAUGUUCAUAAAAUCCUUGUCGUUAUUGAACCUCUGCUGAUUGAUGAAGAUUACUAUGCUCGUGUUGAAGGUCGUGAGAUUAUUUCGAAUUUAGCCAAGGCAGCUGGCUUGGCAACUAUGAUCUCUACAAUGAGACCUGAUAUUGAUAAUAUCGAUGAAUACGUUCGUAAUACAACAGCUCGUGCUUUUGCCGUUGUAGCAUCAGCUUUGGGUAUUCCAUCUUUAUUGCCCUUCUUGAAAGCUGUUUGUAAAAGUAAGAAAUCCUGGCAGGCUAGACAUACUGGUAUUAAGAUCGUUCAACAAAUUGCAAUUCUAAUGGGUUGUGCUAUUUUACCGCAUCUUAAAGCCCUAGUGGAAAUUAUCGAACAUGGGUUGGUGGAUGAGCAGCAGAAGGUUCGAACUAUUACAGCCUUGGCUAUUGCUGCUUUGGCUGAAGCUGCUACACCAUACGGUAUCGAAUCCUUCGAUUCGGUAUUGAAACCCCUUUGGAAAGGUAUCCGUACACACAGAGGAAAAGGUUUGGCUGCUUUCCUCAAAGCCAUUGGUUACCUCAUUCCAUUGAUGGACGCCGAAUAUGCCAAUUACUAUACUCGUGAAGUAAUGUUGAUUCUUAUUCGUGAGUUUCAGUCGCCCGAUGAAGAAAUGAAAAAGAUUGUCUUGAAAGUCGUAAAGCAAUGUUGCGCCACUGAUGGUGUGGAAGCGCAAUACAUCAAAGAAGAAAUCUUGCCGCACUUUUUCAAAUUCUUCUGGAAUCAUCGAAUGGCUCUAGAUCGUCGUAACUAUCGUCAAUUGGUGGACACCACGGUUGAGAUUGCUAACAAAGUGGGUGCCUCUGAAAUUAUCAAUCGUGUUGUCGAUGAUUUGAAAGAUGAAAAUGAACAAUAUCGUAAAAUGGUCAUGGAGACAAUCGAAAAGAUCAUGGGUAAUUUGGGUGCAGCUGAUAUUGAUUCGCGUCUCGAAGAACAACUUAUUGAUGGUAUUUUGUAUGCCUUCCAAGAACAAACAACUGAGGACGUGGUUAUGCUGAAUGGUUUCGGAACGAUUGUCAAUCAAUUGGGCAAGAGGGUGAAGCCUUAUUUGCCUCAGAUUUGCGGUACAAUUCUUUGGCGUUUGAACAAUAAAUCGGCUAAAGUUCGUCAGCAGGCUGCUGAUUUGAUUUCCCGAAUAGCUGUAGUUAUGAAAACAUGUCAGGAAGAGAAAUUGAUGGGUCAUUUAGGAGUGGUGCUGUACGAGUAUCUUGGAGAGGAAUAUCCCGAAGUAUUGGGUUCGAUUUUGGGAGCUUUAAAGGCGAUCGUAAAUGUAAUUGGAAUGACAAAAAUGACACCGCCCAUUAAAGAUUUGUUGCCUAGAUUGACGCCAAUUUUGAAAAAUCGACAUGAAAAAGUACAAGAAAACUGUAUAGACUUGGUAGGUCGAAUUGCCGAUCGUGGUCCAGAAUAUGUUUCGGCCAGAGAAUGGAUGCGUAUUUGUUUUGAAUUGCUCGAGUUGCUAAAGGCUCACAAGAAGGCAAUUCGAAGAGCAACAGUCAAUACAUUUGGUUAUAUUGCGAAGGCUAUUGGUCCGCAUGAUGUACUCGCCACCCUUUUGAACAAUUUAAAGGUACAAGAGCGUCAAAAUCGUGUCUGUACAACUGUGGCUAUUGCAAUUGUGGCUGAGACAUGUCGACCAUUCACAGUAUUACCCGCAUUAAUGAACGAAUAUCGUGUGCCCGAGUUGAAUGUACAAAACGGUGUUUUAAAAUCCCUUUCCUUCUUAUUUGAAUACAUUGGAGAGAUGGGAAAAGAUUACAUAUACGCAGUGUGUCCUCUUCUUGAAGACGCUCUAAUGGAUCGAGAUUUAGUUCAUAGACAAACAGCAUGCGCUGCAAUCAAACACAUGGCUCUCGGAGUAUAUGGCUUUGGAUGUGAAGAUGCAUUAAUUCAUUUGCUGAAUUAUGUAUGGCCUAAUAUCUUUGAAACUUCCCCGCAUUUAGUUCAAGCCUUUAUGGAUGCCGUAGAAGGACUUCGAGUUUCGUUAGGACCCAUUAAGAUUUUGCAAUAUACCUUACAGGGACUUUUCCAUCCGGCACGUAAAGUUCGUGAUGUCUAUUGGAAAAUUUACAAUUCGCUCUACAUUGGAGGACAAGAUGCACUUAUAGCUGGAUAUCCUAGAAUAUCGAAUGACCCAAAGAAUCAGUAUGAACGAUAUGAAUUAGACUAUAAGCUGUAAGCUAAAUAAUUUUGUCGGUAGAUGUAAUUCUAUUGUAAGACAUUUACAAACGUGUUUCGGUGAUUUCAAUAAAAAAAGAAGCUUAGUUGAUAAACAAA